AUGAAAUAACAUAGAAAUUUUUCAAGAUCCAGAAGAAGUUCAUCUCCACAAGAGAAAAUCAAAAAGACUUAGAAGGGUAGAUAAAAGAAAAAUCGUAACUCAAACAAUUCAUCAUGUAAAACCAACUCAUAAUCACAUGAAAAGUAACCUCGUUAAGUUCACGAAGGGAAACUUCUUAAUUUCAUUAAGGAACUAGAAGCUUAACAGGAGAAAUAAGUUUCUAGUUUGAAAUUAAGUCAAUCUUUUAUUGAAGAUGUUUAAUAAAAAUGUAUUUAUUAUAUAUCUAUUUUAAGUGACUAUUGAGGAAGAUCAAAGUCAUCAAGAAUUUGAUAAAUAGUUACAAUACAAAAUAUGUUAUGAAUAAGAAUUUCACUAAACAUUGAUAAAUGAGAAUAUCUAUCUUGGAAAUAGUCUUUAAAACUAAAAGAUCGAUGAUAAACUAAGAGCGAAGAUGAUUGAUUGGAUGAUAGAAGUCUUAGGAAAUUAUAAUGAAACCACAUCUAAUGCUACUUUUUUCAGAUCUGUUUCAAUUAUGGAUUACUAUUUAUAAAAAUCAAUAACGGAAUAUUCAAAUUCUCAUCUUCAUUUAAUUGGCAUUACUUCUAUGUUUAUAGCUAGUAAACUUGAAGAUAUUUAUCAGAUUCCAUUAAAGGAUUUUGUCACAAGAAUUAGUCAUUAUAAAUAUUCAUCGUAUUAUUUAUAUUUAUUGUAGAUCCAAUAUUAAAGCAAUGGAAUAAUCAAUAUUGGAAACAUUAAAUUUUGAGAUUACAUUUCCAACAUCUCUUGAUUAUUUACAAAAUAUCUUAUACUAAUUUUUUAGUUCGAAUGACAAGUAAUUAUUGUUUAUUAAAUUUAGUCCUAUUUUAAAAAAUAUAUAGAAUACCAGUGUUUAUAUUUUAAAAAUGUGUCUACAUAACUAUUAAAUGACAUCCAUUAGUUAAAACACUCUGGCAUCUUCAGCAUUUAUUUAUUCCAUCAAAGAUUUUGUUUUGAAAAAUAACUAAAAGAAUUAAGAACUAAUAAUAAAUUAAUUUGUAAUUUAUUAAUACUAUAUUAAUAUAGAUAAAUAAGACUAUUUAAAUUUAUUAAAUUAAUUAAAAUGAGAUUAUGGAGUGUUUAACUGAGAUAUAAGAUCUAAUUUAAGAUUUUUAAAAGAAUUAUCCAACAUUACAAAAUUUAGACAAAUAUAAAUGA